AUGGCCCUUGUCGCAGUCCCGUCGCGCAUCUCCCGACCGCCCGUACCCGCACCGCAAAAAAGCCUCGACCGGCCGGGCCAGCAGCAGCAGGGAAGCCAUGAUGAUGGUGUCGGACGCAUUGCCAUUGCUGCGGCCAACUGGCAACAACACAGGGCACCGCGCAAGCCGAACCAGCGUCCCCUACAACUCAACUCGUCCAGCACCCAAAACGUAUCUGGCCUGUUCAUAUCCGAGACACUCGAUGCCCACGGUCAUCCCAUCUUCUCCUACAUUCGAAAUGCGACGCAUGGAACUGGUCCUGAUCUUCCGAGCUGCCUGAUCAAUGUGAACCACCACGUGGACCUCGUCGACUACAUUCCCAAGCCCAAGGCGGUUGGAGAAGACGUUGAAAUCGCCAAUGCGCCUGCGCGCGACAUCACAUGCAUCACGAAACCUUCGUUCGAGGUAUCUUUCAACCUUGUCCUUGGCUGUUUGGCUAACAUAAUCACAGCCAUUGCUCGAUUCGCCGAACCCCUCGCCCUGACCUCCGUCUUUCCAUACCUGCCAGAAAUGAUCAAGAGUUUCGGUAUCGAGCAGAAUGAGGUCGCGAAAUGGGCCGGUAUCACAUCCGCCGUCUUCUCGUUAGCCCAGAGCGUCACCGCGGUGCCGUGGGGCAGGGCGUCCGAUCGCUUUGGAAGGAAACCGACAAUUAUCACCGGCCUCGUUUCUACCAUGAUUCUCUUCGUCGUCUGGGGCAUGUCCACCAGUUUGCCGAUGGCCAUCACCGUGCGAGCUAUUAUGGGAGGCGGCAACGGAAAUGUCGGAAUCAUUCGUACAAUGGUCGCGGAAAUGGUCACCGAGAAGGAACUCCAACCGCGCGCGUUCUCAAUUAUGCCCCUCGUCUGGUCCGUCGGCAGCAUUUUCGGCCCAGCCUUCGGAGGCUUCUUCGCCAAACCUGCCGACCGCUUCCCCUCCGUCUUCGGCGACAGCUGGUACUUCACGGCCUACCCCUUCGCCCUCCCGAACCUCCUUGCCGCCGUCUUCUUCCUCGUCUCGGUAGCGACCGCCACCUUCUUCCUCAAGGAGACCCUCGAGAGCAAACGCCACAAGCCCGACUGGGGUCUGCUCAUGGGUGAGCGUCUGACGCGGCCGUUCAGACGCUCCCGCUCCCGCCGACAUGCCAACACUCGCGCCCGCCGCGCAUCCUUCGUCGAUGGCGAGGCCACGGCCCCACUCGUCCCGACGAGCCUCAAGCCUCCCGCUCAUGCGCUCGAGGACAACAAGCAGCCCCUCGAGGCGCCCAGCAUGAAGGAGGUCUUCACGGCGCAGACAACUAUCAACUUGCUCUGCUACACCUUCCUCGCGCUGCACUCCGUGGCGUUUGACCAGGUUCUGCCGGUCUUCCUCAACUACCCCAAGCAAGAGCACACUUCAGAGAACACGCACCUCCCGUUCCAGUUCUCCGGCGGCUUCGGUCUCGGAUCAGACCGCAUCGGCACCAUCUUCACCAUCUACGGCAUCACCUGCGGCGUCAUUCAGUUCUUCGUCUUCCCCCCUCUGUGCAACUACUUCGGAACUCUGCGCUGCUUCCGCGCAUGCGCCCUGACCUUCCCCGUCGUCUACCUCCUGACCCCGUACACCGUCCUCUUCGAAUCCAACGCCGGCCGGUACGCCGCCCUGAUGGUCGUCAUGUUCGUCAAGGCCUUCGCCGUCAUCAUCGGCUUCCCCUGCAUGACCAUCCUCCUCACCAACUCGGCCUCCUCCCUCCGCAUCCUCGGCACCCUCAACGGCUUCGCCACCAUGUUCUCCGGCUUCGGCCGCGCCUUCGGGCCCGCCGCCGCCGGCGCCGCCUUCUCCUGGGGCGUCGGCAAGGGCUACAUCAUCGCCGCGUACUGGUUCCUCGCCCUCACCGCCGUCAUCGGCGCCGUGCCCAUCUACAUGCUCGUCGACAACGACGCGCUGACGCAGUCGCCCGACGCGAGCGACGACGACGACGAGGACGAGGACGACAGCGAGACGACGACCAGCGAGAGCAGCGGCGAGGCCUCGGGCAGCGGGCGGAGCGGGAGCGAGAGCGAGACGGAGCCUCUGCUUGCCAGGAACGGGGCCGCGGCGGGGUACGACGCCGUGUCGUCGUCGCGUUCGUAA